UUGCUUUUUCGAUUCGCUCCGUCGCGAUAAAUUGGAAAAAAUCUUUCUUUCUUUUUUUCUUCUUAAUGGGAUCCGUGUUCGGGUUGAUUUGGCCCGAGAUGUUUUUUUGUGUUUUUUUGCUCCCUUCUUUCGGAGUUUUGGUUUUGGAAGGAUUUUGUUUUAGGGUUUUGGAAGUUGAGUUCGUUUCUGGAAAUUUAGGGUGUUUUGGACUUUGAGUUCCGGAAUCUCCUGGAAGGCAUCAAAAUUCGAUUUUGGCCUUGGAAAUUGGGUGUUUUUGAGGAAUUUGAAACCUAGGAAGGAGUUCAGGAUUAUGGGGAUUCUAUACAAAAAAUCCCAAGCUGAGAGCUUCUGGAGUUGGGCGGCUCAAAAGUUUGGAUUUCUCCCAUUUCUCCUAGCUAGGGUUUCGAAUUAUCAGCUUCAUUAGCAAAAUUAGGAAUAACAGUUCCUUGAUUCAAUUCAUGGAGUCCUCCCAACCCUUCUCACCAUGCUCCAAAUCAGCUGCUGCCACGGCCGUGCUCAAGGAGCCUAGGCCUGAACCUGUCAACAAGAACUCUACCAGCUUCGUCGGUGAAGUUGCCCCUCAGCAGCCUGCACCGAUGGCGGCAACCCCUGAGGGUUUCAUUGGCUGUCUCGAGGUCUUCAUUCAUCAGGCGCGUGACAUCCACAACAUCUGUAUCUACCACAAGCAAGAUGUUUAUGCCAAGAUAUGCCUGACCAGCGACCCCGAAGCAACUGUCUCGACCAAGAUCAUCAAUGGUGGAGGAAGGAACCCGGUCUUCAAUGAGAAUCUGCAGCUCAAUGUCCGAACCAUUGACUCUUCUCUCAAAUGUGAGGUCUGGAUGCUGAGUAGGGUGAAGAAUUAUCUUGAGGACCAGCUGUUGGGUUUUGCUCUGGUGCCCCUCUCAGAGGUUGUCAUCACCAAUGGAAAGUUGGAGAAGGAAUUCUCCCUCUCUUCUACUGAUCUCUUCCACUCACCGGCUGGUUUUGUUCAAUUAUCGCUCUCCUACAUCGGUUCAUCACCGGAGGUUAUGCCCAUUCCAGCUCCCACGGCCUCUGUGAUUCCGGAUGUUGCUUUGCCAGAUUUGGACAAGGAUGAUGCGAUCCCUUGCGCGUAUGAUAAAAUCGAGUUCCCUGACUUGAAGAUUGUGAAUGAAAAUCAGCUGAUGGUUUCCGAGUAUUUUGGGAUCCAAUGCACCAAUUUGGAUGCCCAGAGCUCAGAGAGCUUGAUUACUUUGGAGAAUGACAACCGCCCAGAUGGUGAUGCAGGGGUCCAUAUUGUCGAGAGUUUGUCAACUGACAGUAGUCUUGAUUCUGCUGGAGCUUUGAAAAAUGACACUCCUGUAAGCAGUGUCUCAACAACUGAAUCUCCUGUGGUGCUUCCCACCUCCUCUCAGUCUGUCUCUGGUCCCUCGGCAGCUACAUCAUCUCUGAGCCAGAAGGAUAAGAGUGCAGAAGUUACUGAAGGUGAGGCUGAUUCAUCUUCUGGUGGGCAGUCGGACAGUGCAUUCAUGAAGCCUAUGAUCAGCAUAAACAUUGAGCCGGAGCAGACCGUUGAUCAAAAGGACAUUGUUGAUUUGUAUAUGAAAAGCAUGCAGCAGUUCACAGAGUCAUUGGCCAAAAUGAAACUUCCAAUGGAUAUCGAGAGUAGCAGCCCCACCACUGAAAAUGCUAAUGCUGGUUCUGAGAAAAAUUUGCCAGCAGCCAAAGGGACUGGCUCUAGAGUUUUCUAUGGAAGUAGAGCAUUCUUCUGAAGUUAUUCCACUGGAGGGUAUACUGGUGACUCUAGAGUUGGCACUAUAGUGGUCAGUUAAUUCUAAGUAGUGAAAAAUGAACUCCUUUUUGUAUGCUGUUUAUGUUUAUCAGAAGGUGAAAAAUGACUUGUGCUCACUACAGACUUGCUGUUGUUACUACUUUUACAUGUGUCUGAUAUGCUUGCCUUCCUUUCCCAUUUGUAUGGAGUUGUGAUAAGUUUGUUAAUGUUUUCAGAUAAUUCUUCUCUUGG